UAUACUCUCGCGCUGGCGGAUGUAUUCAUGUAUUGCGUGCUGCGGCUCUUGUCACUCAUUCGCUGUGCUGCUCGCUCGGAGCGCAUUCGGUGUCAACGGCUGAGGACCAAUUCAUGAUAUUACAACAACCUGAAACAGGGGCAAAGCAUCGGAGUCUUUUAGAUAAUAACUGAACCAACUCUACCUAUUCUACACGGAGCAUACCUUUGGAAGAGAUUGCAAUGCUUCAGAUAAGGGAUCUCAUUUGGACAUUGCUUUUCUUUGGUUAUGCAGCUGCCUUGCAAGUGGAAAUCACUCCAGUCCAGGGAGAGAUCAGCGUGGGAGAAUCCAAAUUCUUUUUGUGUGAAGUUGUUGGAGAUGCUAAGGAAAUAGACUGGUUUGCACCCAAUGGGGAGAAGCUCCUGCCAGGCAGACCAGACAUCAGUAUCAGCAAGAAUGACGACUUCUCGUCGACGCUCACAAUCUACAAUGCCAACGUCGACCAUGCGGGCAUGUACAAGUGUGUGGCGAAAAGUGGGGACAAGGAAUCUCAGGGCACUGUCAUCGUUAAAAUUUUCCAGAAACUCACUUUCCAAAACGCUCCAUCGCCUCAAGAGUUCAACGAAGGCGAUAACGCUGACAUCAUCUGUGACGUCAUCGGCUCGCCGCCCCCAACUAUCAUCUGGAUGUAUAAAAAAAACAAAAUCCAGCCCGAGACUGAUGUCCGUUUCAAGGUCUUAAGCAACAACCACCUCCAGAUCCGCGGCAUCAAAAAGACAGAUGAGGGUGCCUACACCUGUGAGGGCCGCAUCAUGGCCCGUGGAGAAGUCGACCUCAGGGUCAUCAAAGUCAUUGUCAAUGUUCUGCCAACUAUCCGGAAGCGCUACACUGUUCUUAAUGCCACUGCAGACAUCAACCAGGCCAUGACGUUGGCCUGUUACGCAGAUGGCUACCCAGAACCAUCAGUCACGUGGGCACGAGGUAAUAUCGUGCUGGAAUCAGACGGAAAGUACAGCCUGAAUGAAGAUGGGUCGGAGUUGACCAUCAAAGGCGUCACUAAGCUCGAUGAAGGAGAUUACCAGUGCAUCGCUCGAAACAAGGCCGGAGAGAAGAGUGAGGAAGUCUCACUCAAUGUGUUUGUGCAACCCAAGAUCACAUUCUUAGAAAACCAGACGGCCUCUGAAUUGGAGGAGCAGAUCACUCUAACUUGUGAGGCCACGGGUGAUCCCACCCCCAACAUCAUCUGGAGCUUUGGUCGCCGGGUCUUCACAGAGAAUGAGCAGGCUUCAUGGACUCGACCUGAGAAACACAAGAGUCUGGAUGGUAACGUGAUCGUGCGCAGUGAUGCCCGUGUGUCCUCUCUGACUCUGAAAUACGUGCAGUUCACCGAUGCCGGCCAGUACCUCUGCACUGCCCGCAACUCCAUCGGUCAGGACAUCCAGAGCAUGUACCUGGAAGUGCGCUAUGCUCCAAAGAUCCAAGGCCCUGCGGCGGUGUUCACCUGGGAUGGUAAUCCAGCUAACAUCACCUGCGAGGCCCUUGCUCACCCGGCCGCCUCCGUUUUGUGGUUCCGUGAUGGCCUAAUGCUGCCUAGCGCUAAUACCACCAACGUCAAGAUCUACCACACUCCUUCUGCCAGCUUCCUGGAAGUCACUCCGGAGUCCCAGAACGACUUUGGCAGUUACAACUGUACGGCUACCAAUGUCAUCGGCACGGAGUCAAAGGAAUUCAUUUUGGUUCAAGCAGAUGUGCCUUCGGCCCCCUCUAUGGAGCGUGUGGAGCCGUAUUCCAGCUCAGCAAUGGUGGAGUUUGAUGAGCCUGCCUCCAGUGGAGGAGUGCCUAUCCUCAAGUACAAGGCUAAAUGGAGGAUAGCAGGCAAAGACUGGACUGACAGAGAGUAUGAAGCUGAAGAUGGUCUCAACUCGAUCACCAUUGAUGGGCUGAAGCCAGAGACCACGUAUGAGGUCAAGAUAUCAGCCAUCAACGGCAAGGGUGAAGGAGAGAGCAGCCCCCCUGAGAGCUUUAAAACCCAACCUGUCCGCUCCCCUUUCAAAACAUCUUCAGAGACUCCAACUUCCAUUCCUCCAACCACUGCCGAUCUUAAAGGGGAACCUAAUCCUCCUAAACUGGAGGCAAAGACACUGUCCACAGGCAACGAGAUGAAGGUCCACUGGAUCAAGCAGGACGAUGGGGGCUCUCCCAUCAAACUCUAUCUAGUGCGCUACAAAGCUAAGAAUCGCCAGGACUGGAAGCCGGAGAUUCGCCUGCCCAACGGCAGCGAGUACGUUGUUCUGCAAGGUCUGGAAUGGAACACGGAGUACGAGGUCUCCGUCAUUGCCGAAAACCAGCGAGGACGAUCUGAUCCCGGCACACUCUCCUUCAGGACCUUGCCAGAACCCACCGCCAUCCCAGAAACCAGCUCAGGGAUGGGCACCGGGGCAAUCGUGGGCAUCCUCAUUGUGGUCUUCGUCCUGCUCCUCUUCGGCGUGGACGUCACAUGCUACUUCCUCAACAAGUGCGGCCUCCUCAUGUGCAUCGCCGUCAACUUCUGCGGCAAGUCUGGGCCCUCUUCCAAAGAGAAGGAUAUCGAGGAGGGAAAAGCCGCUUUCACUAAGGAUGAAUCUAAGGAGCCCAUUGUGGAGGUAAGGACUGAGGAGGGACACACACCAAACCAUGAAGGAGGAGGACCCACCGAACCCAAUGAGACCACCCCUUUGACAGACCCUGAGCACGCUGCUGACACCACAGCAACAGUAGUGGACUUGCUUCCCUCUGUAACCACUAACUCAGACCCUGGCACUGACAGUCCUACUAGCGAUAGCACCACCCUUACCUCAAGCACUGCCCCUGCAGCCAACCCUAAAGCGGUCCCUAAAGCUACCCCCCAGUCCAGCACCCCCAAACCUAGCAUCACCUCACCCACCUCCCCACAAGCUGCUCCUGCAGCCGUGGCCCCUCUGGUGGACCUGAGCGAUACACCCUCCAACCAGACCUCAAAGUCCUUAGAUGCCCCCCAGCCGUCUGAUUCAACCCCUGCAGAUCCGGCCAAAGCCAAUGGCCAGAGCCCGGCUGAGCUGGCAAACUCCCCCCAAAGUAAGGACUCUCAGGUACAGGGAGGAGCCCACCAGACAACAGAUAAUGACCUUGCCAAGGAUGCGCUGGGCAAGCCCUCCAGCGACCCUUCCAGCGCACCGUCCGCACCCAACCAGGACGAUGGUAAAAUUGUUGUAGAUGACAAAAGUAAAACGCCAGACAUGGAGGUAAAGAAAAACCCGGCGGAGGUGAAGACAGUCCCUAAUGAAGCCCCCCAGACGAACGGCAACGAGAGCAAAGCAUGAUCCGGAAUGGACGGCGAACAACAUUCACAGACAGACAGCACCACACCACCACCACAUCUCAAAUACAAGGGGUUCUUUCUUCAGUGUCUUUAAGUUCACAGAACAAUACACGUCAAAAUGUAUAGAGCGCAUAAAGAGCUCGCGCAUAUGCCUUUUAUUUUAUACUUUUUGAUUGUUUCUACCAUUGAAGCCUUUCUUUUUUUCAUCAAUGCAAGAAGGAAAGAUUAUUUUCCUCUAGUGCAGUCUCCUUGACCUCUGUAAGUAAGAUCAGUGACUUCAAAUACACCUAUCACAGUUAUCACCUUUUCGCCUUCACACAUUCAAUUCUGUCCUGUUUUAUUACAUGCAGUAUUGCCAUUGUUAUUGUCUGUCACAUUAAUUUUUGAGGGAACAUUUUUGAUGUUUUACUUAUGUUUAAAUAAUGUACAAAAGCAACUGCCUUUUAUUAUUAUUGUUUUUUUUUUGUCACAUUAUUAUAAAAAACAAAUUGAGAGCGAGAAAGAAAGGGUGUUAACAAUAGAUUUUUAGCAUGCUUGCUUUGCAGAAUUAUUUUUAUAUAUGUCUUCUUCUUUUUUACCCCAGCCCUGAGUGUUUACAGCAUUUUGCUCUGAUAUCCCUCAUUAACAUGACGUUUGCUUCUGUAGCAAACCCGACACAAACAAUUACACAAUUAACUAGCGGUUAGGGUUAGACUGUGCAAAUCACCACUACUACUUUUUCCUGUUUUAUCCCGUUUCUCCUGAACCUUAGAGUUUCUUCUUUACUUUAGGUUUUUAGGAGAUACUUGAUUUAAAAAAAAGUCUUACAGUCUUAAAAAAAAAACUAAAACAUUAGGUACAACCAAGAGCUCUUGGUUGCACUCGUGGCAUAAUGAAAACAUCAGGCGCACGUGUUCACGUCCCAUAUCACGUCUGCCCAUUGCUCUAUUGGCUUUUGCCCAUGUAAUUAAUAAAUGUUGUUAAAAUGAAGCCGUGACCCUUUGAUACUAAUAAAAAUUCAAAUACUUGUCAGUUUUUGUUUGUUUGGUUGGUUGGUUUUUGACUUAAAUGGCCAAAUUAUUGUUUUACUUUUUAUUUAAGCCAUAGUACUCCAGUGUGGAUCGUAGCAUAAAGAAUAUUCAGCCUGACUUUUUUUACAGAGUUUCUCAUUCUUUAGCUGCAAGCUUGUGCACUGUGAAUGCGUGAAAAUCCUAGUGUGAAUACAGUGUGUACUAGAAUAAAACAAAACAAAAAAGUUUCCAUAGGUUGUGAAAGCCGUAGCAGUUAGUUUAAAUGAUGUUGAUCAUGAUAAGAAUAAAAAAAAAAGAUG